UGUCCGCAACAAAACGGCUCGCCCCGGCCGAAACAUUUAUAUAGUGGCAACGAAAACAGAAAUAACAUAGGAAAAUCGACUUUUUAUGCUAGCGAUGUGUGGUCUCGAUAAACUAAGUGCCAUGUAUCGUCGUGUGUCGUCAGUUCAGACAGGUCUAGUUGACUAAGUGCAAUAAUGCCGAGGUGUUUAAUGAAGUACGUGAGAUCGAGACACGCCGAUCGCGACGAUGAGCGGAAGCAUAAACUAACGUGGAGUACAACUUACAGUAGAAAAACUGAUUCCAAAGGAGCUGAUCCGUUUAUGAAGAAUGGAAAAUUUGAUUUUGACAGUGUAUCCACUGAAGUAUCUUUUGUAACUGGUUUUCAUUUGCAAGAAAAAUACAGCUCAUUUGAACAUGUUCCUGCUGAUACAAGAAAGUCCACAGAAAACAGUACUAUUGUUCAUUUGUCAGUCGCUCAGUUGAGUAGAACAGAAAUGGCGACAGCAUUAGGCCUUCAAUCUUCUCAAGUUGUCGAAAUUGAAGUGGCUACUGCAGAUAACAAAAAGCAAAAGCCCAUUGAAAUUGUCUUACAGGAGCAAGUGAUACAGGAGAAAGUGACAUUUUAUAACCAAAUGCAAAAAUCAGAAAUAGCAAUAUGUAAACAAAUGCAAAGUAAAGAAACUUUGCAGUGCAAUCAGAAACCAGAAGCGAAUAUUACUGAAUUUGAGUCUAAAGAAAAUGAAAGCCCUAAUAACUUAAUUGUCAAUAAAGGAGAAUCUCCAACCAGUCAAAGGAUGUCCAAUAGAAGAAGUAAAUCAUUACACUUUUGUCGAUACUGUCAUAAAUCCUUUGAUCGACCAUGGGUAUUGAAAGGUCACUUGAGACUUCACACUGGUGAAAGACCAUUCAGAUGUCCUUUUUGUAACAAGUCCUUUGCGGAUAGAUCCAACUUACGAGCUCAUCAAAGAACAAGGAAUCAUCACGAGUGGCAGUGGAGAUGCGAGCUGUGCUUCAAGGCGUUUUCGCAACGUCGAUAUCUAGAUCGGCAUUGUCCCGAAGCUUGUCGCAAAUAUAGAUUAUCUCAAAGAAAAGAAUAGAAUUACUUUAUUAUUGAAAAUAUCUAAUGCAAAGCCAAAGAUAUUAGAAUCAUGUGUUAAUUCAGAGUUUUAUCAUGUUUAAAUUAUAAAUUGUGUAUAUUAUAUUAUUAUUGAAAAAAUUCAGAAUUUUAUUGAAAUUGAAAAGGUUAACAGGUUACCUAGAGGCUUAAUUCUGUAUGUUUGAUUCAAUGAGACAUGUUGUUGGAC